AUGAUCAAUGAAUUGCCAAUUAACAUACGUUCCAAAAACAUGAUUCUAAUAGGUUUAUGGAUUGACGCAUGUAAACCUGAUAUGAAUAUAUUUUUGCAGCCAUUCAUAAACCAAGCAAACAAUUUAUCUUCAAAUGGAAUUUCAUGGAAAUUAAGCGAUAACGUCACAAUAACCAGUUUGGUAAUGCUAUUACUUUGCUCCGUUGAUUCAAUGGCAAGAUCAGCAAUAUUGAACAUGAAACAGUGCAAUGGCAAAAGCGGAUGCACUUUCUAUGAACAUCCGACAGAAGGUGUUUCAGUGCAGACUAAAAGUGCCAGCCGUAUUCUAUGGAAGUACACAGUCUCUACUGAUAUUCCACUUAAUCGGACAGACGCAUCCAUAAGAAGAGACAUGAUUAUAGUCUGCAAUGCCAAAAAUGGAAAAGAUGUUAAUGGAAUAUGGGAACCUUCCUGUCUCAUGAACUUACAUUAUUUUGAUCUCGGAGAUGGAUUUGAUUCUGAGUACAUGCAUUCUUGCCUUUUAGGUGUUCAACGGCAAUAUAUGGAGAUAUUGUUAACUUCUUUCGGGAAAGAUUAUUAUGUAGGUUCACCCCAAAAAAUGAAUAUUAUCAAUAUGCGUUUAAUGUCUAUUCAAACUCCAAAGUGUAUUACAAGGACGCCGAGGAGCUUAAAAGAUAUUCGGCUAUGGAAAGCCUCUGAGUGGAGAUCAUGGGCAAUCUUGUAUUUGUUAGUUUGUUUGCGUGGUAUAUUAUCGGAAAAAUAUGUAAAUCAUCUGACUUUAUUUGUGUCAGCAUUGAAUAUUCUCUUGCAAAAAUCAAUUAAUUCCAAAAUCCGUGAAAACAUAACAACUCAAGAAAUGAAUGAUGUUUUACCAGGACUUCGUUCGAUAACUCAAGCAUAUGAUUUACCCACAAGAACUUUAUCACCGCAAAGAACAAAUUCCUCUCUAAAUGCAUCAAGGUCAGAGAACUCGCAGGAAAUUAACGAAUUAAGCGUUCCAUCGGAACAUAAUGUAACAAACUCCGACAUUAAUGACCCAAUUGACUAUGACAGAAAUGAGCCACUAAUACCAAUUGAAGCAGUCUCACAGGAUCCUGGACCUUCCAGUUCAAAAAAUGACCAGAAUCCAUCCAUAAUCAAAUCAACUAAACGAAAGAGUCAAAAUAUCACAGUUUCUGGAUCGCAGGACUCCCAAGAAAAUGAUAUAAAUAUCAGUAAUGUUCAAGAUUAA